UCAUUGCAUUGAUACGGUUUUGUAAUGAAAUUAAUAUCGAGACUCGCCACCGCUCAACCUUUUUCAAAAUUGCUCUUUAAUCUUUAUUCUCUGCGAUCUUUUAUUAAGGCAAAUUUGCAUUAUUGUGGACAUCUUUUCACUCGCUAUGUCACCGUCGCAAUGAACGACUCUGCUUUUGCUACGACGCUCAUUAAUAAGGAGUAAAUGUACGCCAUCCACCUCAUGAUGGAGGUGUUGAAAAUUGCAGUAAUCUUUUUAGGAGUUUUUGUUGUCGCAAUUGCACUUUCAUAUGGAGUAUCUGUGUCAUGUAUGAUGGUGUAUGAUGAAGGUGGUGUUUCUGCCGUGUUAGAGUCUCCCGAAUGUUCUGGGUGGGUUCUCUCUUCUGGAUACCCUCGAAAUCAGACUUUGAACUGCCAGGCUGCCACAUUUCAGGGACGUAGAGAAUACCAAGAGGAUCGUUUAUUAUGUGACCUUCAUAUGAAAAUACCGCUUCUCGGAAAAACUGGGCUUGAGGAAUUUACAAUUGGUCUUGUGGCAGUAUUUGAUGGUCAUGGCGGUAAUGAAGCUAGUGAGAUGGCUUCUAAACUUCUAUUGGAUUACUUUUACAUGCAUGCUGUGUUCAACUCAUACAAGCUAAUGACACGGUACAGGGGAGUUCUACCUGUAACUGAGGAUGAUGUUAUGCAUUUGGAAAUACUAAGAGAAGCAUUAUUGAACACAAUCCAUGAAGUCGAUUUUAAAUUUUCUCGGGAAGCUUUUGAAAAGAAGCUUUUCUCAGGAUCCACAGCUACUGUAGCUCUUCUUGUUGAUGAGAAGAUUUUAAUUGCCAAUGUUGGUGACUCAAAGGCCGUUCUAUGCACAGAGAUGAUUCAGUCUGGUAAUUUGACAGCCAGUCUUUCAGCUAUUGAACUGACAGAAGAUCAUCAUCCAGAUAGACAUGAUGAACGAGCUCGAAUUCAAGCAGCUGGUGGUUCGAUUAUUGGGUUGGGUGUUCCUCGUGUCAAUGGUAUACUCGCUAUGUCCCGAUCCAUUGGUGAUGUGUAUCUAAAGAGAUAUGGUGUUACAGCUGUGCCUGAGGUGACCGGCUGGCAACCUCUAAAUGUCAAUAAUAGAUAUUUGGUGGUAUCAUCUGAUGGAACUUUUGAAAGCUUAACACCGGGAGAACUAUGUGAUCUUAUACAUGAUUCAGGUUCUUGCUUGGCUUCAUCCUCAUUGGCCGAAUGCAUAGUCGAGAAAGCAUUCGAGAAAGGUAGCAUGGAUAACUUGGCAGUUAUUGUAGUUCCACUAUUUUGAAUCUUUGAUUUUCUAUGAACCUUUAGGGGAGAAAGAUAUGAGAAUUCGAUUAGCUACAUCUUAGCUAAAAUGGAUUUGAGCUAUACUGUGUCAGGAAAUAUAUAUUGGACACAAUGGCUUAGCUAAACAUUAUAAUGACAUUAUUUUUUCUCUCUUA